UCGAAUUUUCGCGGAAAAAAUAAAAAUGUUGGAAAAAGUACUUAAAUCUCUCCCCUCUGACACAGUAAGACUAAUCGGUAGCUCACAGGUCAUAACAUCAGUAUUCAGCGUAGUAAAGGAAUUAGUGGAAAAUGCUUUUGAUGCUGAGUGCACAAAUUUGGAAAUAAAAUUGGAAAACUAUGGGCUGGAUAAAGUGGAAGUUAGAGACAAUGGAAGUGGCAUCAAGCAGGAAGUGAUACCUCUGGUUGCUAAGCGACACCACACCUCAAAGAUCUCUUCAUUCAGUGACUUGGAAUGCUUGGAAACAUACGGGUUUAGGGGAGAGGCUCUUGGGUCAUUAUGUGCAGUUUCGUCACUGUCUGUGACUUCUAAAACAGCUGAAGAAGAUGUUAGCCAUACAUACACUUUUGAUAACCAUGGCAACAUAUUGUCCAAGUUGCCAUCUCACUUAGGUCAAGGUACGACUGUAACAGCUGUUAAUAUUUUCAAAAAUGUACCAGUACGAAGACAGUUUUACAAUACUGUAAAGAAAAAGAAAGAAGAAUUGAAAAAGGUAGAAGAUCUUCUCAUGGCUUACGGGAUUAUACGGCCAGAUGUGCGUAUAAUGCUUAGAAAUAACAAAGAUGUUGUAUGGCAGAAAACAGUUCAGUCUGAGACUAGGAAUGUAUUGUUGGGAAUAUUUGGAAGAAAUGCAGUAGCACAGAUGGAGCCAAAGACUGCAAAAUGUGAGGAAACAAAGGUGGCUAUAGAUGCAUUCCUUCCAAAGAGUGAUUGUGAAGUCAGUAUAACAAGUAGGUCUACCAAUGACAGGUGUUUCCUUGCAGUGAAUAAACGACCUGUACAGCUGAAGGAAUUUGAGAAGAUUGUAAAACAGCAUUACUGUCACCACAUGAAAUGUGAUGGAAAACAUCCAAUGUUCUAUAUUAGUGUCACUGUGCCAUCCAGGGAUAUAGAUGUCAAUGUGGAUCCAAACAAGACAAAAGUCAUGUUACAUGAACAGGCUUCUGCCAUGAAAUUACUUACCUCGUUGUUAGAAGAUCUGUAUGGACCAAUUCAAAAAGUCCCAGAACCAGAGAAAACAAAAACAGCAGAGACAUUAAAUGACUCAAAUUCAUCAUAUAUGUCUUUCGAUUCAAGUUUUGAUGCAACAGAUUCGGACAGAACAGAUUUUGCAGCAAGAUCAUGUCUGAAGGAGAAAAACUACAAUAUUGAUUCAGUAGGUGGAUGUGUGAAAAGCAGAUUCACUUUAGUGAAGUCAGAUAAGAAUAAAAGCAUUGAUCACUCUUUGGAUGAAAAUUUGAAUGUUGACAAAAUAGGUGACAAUGUUUUAAAUGACAAAGGCAGUGAUAUUGGAUUAAAUGUGGAUAAAUGUCAUGAAGAUGCUAGUGAUAAACUUCUGUCUAAUGGAGCUAAGCUUGAGCUAGGGAAUAGGCUAGUAGUUUAUCAUUCAGGAUGUGUAGCAAGUGAUAACACUGACGUAGGUGGAGAACAAUCCACAACUAAUGUAGGCGAAAAACAUUCAAAAAAUUGUGUUGAUGAAUCUCAUAAAGAGGAAGAAGCAGGUUCUGACAAAUUGGAAAUGUGCUCGCAUUCUAUAAACUCAAGAAAUGCAGAAUGCACAGAGAAUUUACAGACACAAGUUGAAAAGGGAAGUUUUGAUAUGUUAGAUGAUGAUUUAGAGGAAUUGUUAAGGACUCAAAAUAAAACAAGAGAGACUUCAGAAAUAGAUAAAUCUUUGAACAGUACUGAUAACAUAUUAGCAGAAAUGGACGUUACUUUGGUUGGUGAUAUUGGAGAAAUUGGUAAAAAGGUUGAUGAUAAAGUAGACCGAGUCGGUGUUGUAAGUGGAAAUUUGGAGAAAAGUAAAUCUGAGGAAAAUCUGACAAACAUUCUUGACUGGAGUAAAGGGACAGCAGAGAAGGUGAACAAUGGUGAUUUUGUGAAGCCUGUGCAGCUAUUGGCUGGUGGUGGUCAUGUGACUAGGAAAAGACCACCCUCACCCAGUCAGGAUCCAGAAAUAAUUGCAGUAACUCCUCCAGUUAAAAGAAAAUCUUCAGAAUUUAAUUCAUCGUUUGACCAGCCUAAACUAUAUGAUAUGGUUGGGAAAAGUUCUGCUGAAAAAUAUUCACUGGGAUUCCUGGCAUUCUCAAAGGAAAUGAGACCAAAAGUGCUAGAGGAUAACCCAGAUUCCAGCUAUGAUGAGAUCACCAAUAAAGUUAGACAACUCUGGCAGCAGUUACCUGAUCUUGACAAGAAACAGUUCGUAGAUGCAGGUAAAACACAAGUUCAGGACCUGAAGAAAAAGGUAUCGGAACAGAAAAAAUUGGCACAGAAACUAGACAGGAGGCUUCAGCCUGUAACUGGUACUCCAAGCAUCAAAGAACAGCUGUUGGCUUCAAGUAAAAAGUCUACCCCAGUACAGAGUAUACCUGUUAAGUCAAUGAAACUUCCAUUUUGUCUGGAAAAGCUUCAGCACCUUUACAUGUCAGGGCUGAGGCAAAGUCAAACCCAGCAACAAACUACCUUGAAGCUCAUUGGUCCUUUGAAGUUCUAUAACAGCUGGGUGUGUUGCCAUGGUAACAAGAUACAAAUUAUUAACCCUCAUCGCGUGGAGGAGACAUUGCUUCAUAGAGAAUUGAUGGAGAACCACAUAAUCCCAGUGACUAAACUUGAAAAUUCCAUAGGACUUAAUGAAAGUUCCCUUGGUAGUACAGAGCUGUAUCAGAUGUUGCUGGACAUGGUUCCAUCUAAAACAGUUCAAACAUAUGUUUACAUUGAAGACAAAAGAUUAAAAGCCAAUGGUAUUGAGAUCCGAUGCCACAUGGACCAGGAUAGUCAGCAUGUGAUGGAAAUUGUUGGCUUAGCCACCUGUAUGCCCAUGUAUGGUGUGAAAGAUCUUCAGGAAAUUCUAGAACUCAUUGUACAUUCAGGUGCUACUACAGUUUACAAAGCCAGGCCGCUUAAAGUGUCGUUCUACCUGCAGGGAGAAGCUGUAAGAAUGGUAAGACAGCGACCAGUCCAUAGAUCUAGGGAAGACAUGUUGGAACUUUUGGAACAAAUGGAAGACAGUCUACCUGAAGACUGUGUUACUUGUUUACAUAAUAAACCAUUUAUACAGACUGUAUACAAUUUAAAUGAUGUUCCUGCAUCUCAAACAGCAUGAUAAACUUCAAAAUGAAACACAUGUUUAUAAAGCAUUUUUAUCUGAAAUAAAGUAUCUGUAUUUUU